UCGGCCAUCAAACUAUCCGUUGUUACAUAUAACGACGAAGGUGUCCACAAACAAUGGGAUUUUCUAAUCGACGGGCCAACAGAAGCCGGCAAACCCAUCCUUAAUAUCAUGGGCUCCUCCACCCAGUGCCGUUUCGAGAUGAGAAGCACGAUUGACCGCGAUUCAGGAAAUUUACCAAAGCAAACUUAUCAAUGGGAUGCGGAUGCUUCCGAGACGAGUUUCAUCAAGGAAAUUGCAAAGAAUGCAGAGAUACACAACGAGUAUCCCGAAUACAACUGUCAAGACAAUAUACUCGAUCUGUUAGAUUCUCUAGAGGAGAAAGGGGUUAUUGACGGUAUUGAUGUGAUUUAUAAGAAAAGUAAGGAGAUUGUCAAGGGCAAGAAGAAG